AUGGCUCAGGACGAACAUUUCGUGACCAGCAGCAACAGUGCCGGUAGCGGCGGCGGAGGAGCGGCCACUGGUGCGGCCGCCGCCGCCGCCGUCGGCGGUGGCGCCAGCAGCAACAAAUCAAAAACCCCAAAGCAGAAAAAGAUACCCCAGAGAGGAUUAGGUGUUGCCCAGCUUGAAAAGCUUAGGAUGGAAGAACAGAGGAAAAAGGAAGCUUUGCAGGCAGCAAACGCUCUGGCUAAUACCGCUGUGGGCCCGGACAACGACUCCCUUCAGGUCCCGAAAAACCUCCCUGCCCCGGCUCCUUCUCCGGCGGGCUUCUUGCCGCCCAAUGCUGUGUACAGAUCCCUGAGCCCAAUGGGCCCGGCCCAGAUCACGAGGCAAUCAAGCGAUGGUGGUGGUGAGGACCCUGGACUUCAGGGUGUCUGCAAUUGGCCCAGAUUGUGGAGUGCAGAGUAUAAUAGCAGCAGCCUUGAAGGAGGAGGAGGAGGAGGAUUAAUGGAGAAACAAAGGGUUGUCGUGGAUCAUGCUGGAUUUGCAUAUGGUGUCCCCCAAGUUAAUGUCAAUUUGCAAUUCGACCCCAGUUCGGUUUUGCCUUUCCCGGGCGGUGGGCCUCAAAGAUUGUAUCAGUUCCAGAGGCCUCCUCCUUCAAUGGUGAAUGUGUCCUCAGGGAUUUCACCAUCACCUGUAUCGUGCUCCCGAAUAGAGCCCCCUUCAAUUCAAAAUGUUUGUGGUAGUAGUAACUAUACAACAACAUCAUGGCCUGAGGAUAAUAAGGUUGUUGUUGGCAUAAAGAGAUCGUACCCCUUCUCUCUAGAAGGCCCGUCAACCCCUUCUUUCCUAGGAAGCAACAAUUUUCAUCCUGCAUAUGGUAUCUCAGUAUCAGGAUCAGACGAAUUAGCUUCGUCUAGCAAUGAACCAAGAAACAAAUUCACAAGAGAUGGUGCUUCAAACUCGACUCUGUCCGAGCAGAACCCAAGUGAAGAUGUGAGGCUAAUGGGAGAUUAUCUAAGUCUUGCACCUCCUGUAGCUUCUUAUUUUCCACCUUCAAACUCGAAGAACAAGCAUCAUCCAAUCGAUUUCCUGGGCCAUCAUCAAGGGCCCGAUUUAUCAGAUAACAAAAGCCUGUCUAGUCAGGAAAACCUCAAAAGCAGCCAAAGCCAACAGCCGGGGUCAAGCUCGUCAAAAGAACAGGCUUUCAGCUUCUUCCCGAUUAAGUUGCAAACAGAGCAUUCAAGAAAUGGCAAUAGGGUCAAGGGAGAAAAGCUUGAUCUCAAUCUGAAGCUGUAG